AUGAGACGUUUUCCAAAAACUCCAGCGAACGAUAGCAAUCGUUCUACUUCCCCAACUUUGCUUUCAUCUAACGUGGCUACCAAUGCGACUACCGCUUCGUCAAAUAAUUCCAGCAGUGCAAGUAACAACACAAAUAAUACACCAAAUUCUACUUUCAACGUUAACAACAACGUCUCGGGCACAAGUACAUUUUCUUGGUCUUCUGUGGCGGCUGCAAACAGUAAUAACGCUACAUUAAAUCGUUCCCUUCAACACGAACCAUCCGAGAAAUCUGAUGUACCUGGUUCUAAUGAUUCCGCCUUAAAUCCUUUCAAAUAUUCCAAGGAAUUCAUGAUUAAAUUAUAUAAACCGGUAGGAUUGCCUUUGGAGUUCGAACGGCACGAAUAUAUUACAAGCGAAGAGCCGUUACAACCAAUGGCAUUGAUAGUACCAACAGAACAGGAACAAAAGCUUUUAUCGGGUGCUUCUGUUAAUAGUGAUCUUACCCGACGUAUCGUCUCCAAUACUACAGGGGGGGUGAUUACAGGGGGUGAGCGCGUAGAAAGAGAUAGAGUACCGUAUUCCCCACGAAAUGAUAAACAUAUCAAUACGGGGCUUACUUCGCCCAGAGGAGAAAGAUUUGGUGGAAUUAUCGGUGGAGUGCUCAGCGGGCGAACGAGUCCACGGAGUAGUCGUCCACCUCGAACACCCGGGUCUUUAAAUCCUUCUAGUGACGAUCCAAUUUGGAAUGGCGUGGUAACUAGAAAUGCAGUAGGAACUUUUGACAGUAAUGGGGUGUUUAGAAUUCAAGGAAAUCAUGUAGAUGAUGAAUCUCUUGAUAAAUCAAAGAAAGAUGAUCCCGAACCUAAUAAAAAAAUUGAUCAAGAGAUUGAAAAGAAAAGCCAAGCCGAUCAUUCGGAUGCAAGCGAUUAUACAAAAUCUCCUCAAAGUGAUCAUAUUACCUCCAAAAAGGAAUUUUCGGAAUUAAAAAAUGAAUCUAUAAAUAAUGUUGAGGACAUGAAUUUAUCAUCGGAAGAAUUGAAUUCGUUCCAAGAAAAACCACCAUUUCAACGUGUUAAUCAACAUAUGCAAGCAGAAAAAGAACAAAAUAUGAUUCAGGGGUGGCGAGAGUUGCAAGAACAAAGUCAACAAGAGGAUGAUAAUAUAAAUCUACAAGAAGAAUUUCACCCACCAGAUGAACAAAAUGAGAAAGAGCACGCUUUAGAACAACAAUUAAUUUUACAGCAGUUACAACUGCAGCAAGAAAAAGAUAAGGAACAACAACAUAAUGAGAAGCAACAGCUACAACGACAGCUGCAAUUACAGCAGCAUGAACAAGAACAAUUACAAAUUCAGCAAAGGCAGGAGCAACUUCAGCAUCAGUUGCGACUACAACAGCAACAGCUAUUACUUCAACAACAACAGAUCAUGCAGGAUCGUCAGCAGCAUAUAAUGCAGCAACAACAUCAACAAUUACUACUGCAACAUCAUUUUGACCCUGAUCAAGAUGAUGAUGUACUUAAAGAGGCUUUUUCAUAUCCAAAUAUGGGAGGUAACACACCACCAAUGUCCCCUCCGGGAAAAACUAAGUAUUCCGCACACUCUAUAAUUGGCUCUAAUAGUGCUUUCGGAGAUACUAAUUCUGGGGUAACAAGUCUCUUUUCUGGCACCGGUCUAAAUUCAGAAUCAAGAAAACAAUCAGAGCAAUCUAAAUGGUUGUAUAGAGAUCCGAGUGGCAAUAUUCAAGGACCAUUUAGCAGUCAAGAAAUGAAUGAAUGGUAUAAAGGUGGAUUUUUUGUACUUAGUCUUUUGGUUAAAAGAGUGGAAGAUGCUACAUUUGAACCACUAGGAGCUUUAAUUAGAAAGACUGGUGAUGAUGAGAGACCUUUUUCAGCACCAAUUAUAGGAAAUAGACCAUCAUUAACAAUCUCUAUGCCAAAUAAUUCUUCACGGUUGGUAAAUGACCCAUUUCAACGAGCUUGGGGAGCGCCUAAUUCGCCUAGCACAGCUCAAUUGUUUUUAGAACACCAACAAAGAUUUAAUCCGUUCGGAGGAACUACGUCUGUACCGACAACACCAUUUGAUAGAUAUCAAUUCGGUGGGGUGUUUGGUCGUAAUGAGACAUCAAAUGGUUGGAGUGAUUUAGGGACGACGAGCUCUGGGUGGGGGCCUUCUGAAAAUUACACAUCAAAUGGUGGUAAUCUUUCACCUCGUCUGCAAACUCCAAAUUCUCCUCCAUUAUUCAACAAUAAUGCGACAUUCAAUGUGUCGCCACCCCAAACUUAUAUGGAACAUCAACGACAAUUAGAGAGACAACAGUAUUUAAUGUUACAACAAAGACAAUUACAGCAAAAUCAACAUGCCUAUCCAGAUACAUUUAUUCGUCAACAACAUCAAAAUUAUGUUGGUCUAUCUGGACCAGUCUCAGCACCGAUUACAAAUGCUCCAAAUUCACCAUUCAUUGAUGUCAUAACGCGAAAUGCAGGUUGGCCAACCACGACAGAACAACAACCUCCCCCAGUUUCGCCAUGGGGAAUAAUAGCUCCUGGUGUUGGCGUUACACCUUCUCGAGUUCAACAGUCGGAAGAUUCGGGGUAUUUUGGUAUUAGAAAAGAAUCCAAUUUUGGGUUACAACAAUCAACACAUCACGAACGAUUACAAAAUCGCACUAAUGAUCGAUCAUAUGAAAUUGUUGGACAAACACAAGAACCUACUUUUGAGAAUAAAACGAUUAAUGAGGUUAUCGAAUCAAUGUCAAAGCUAACUCCAAUGGAUGAAAAAAUUAAUUUAAAUAAAGUCGAUGGAAAAUUUAAUAUGGUGGAUAAAAUAGAAUUAUCACCAAAGCCCAAAUUAGAUGAACCUAUCCCUCAACCUACACAAAAGGAAGAAACUUUGCGAUCAAAACCUUCUUUACGUGAAAUUCAAGCGGAAGAAGAGCGUAAAAAGCAGCACGAAGAAAAAGAAAAAAACAACUGUGGUUUCUGUACUGCUGGUAAACUUCCUCAACCACUAAAGUCGUCAAAUGCAGCGUGGGUUAACAAUAGUCCUGUAACACCAUCCUCACCCGCUCCGUGGGCUAAAGAUGAUGAUCACCCAACUCAAAAAACGCCAUCUUUGCGUGAAAUUCAAGAAAUGGAAGCUCGAAAAGCAGUUGAAAGAAAAGCUGCUGCUGCUGUAACCGCAAAUUCACAUGCGCCUGCUCCUUAUAAGGAUGAUGCGGCAACCUCAACUACUUCUUGGGGCAUAGUUGUUCCGGCUUCAUCUAACGAGUCGGAUUCGUCUUCACUUUCUACUUCACCUGUUGUGACCACACCAGCUUGGCAAUCAAACAAUACUGCACCAAAAAAGACUCUUAGAGAAAUUCAAAAAGAAGAAGAGGAAGCAAUAAAGAAACGCAACAAGCUUCGCGAGAUGCAACAGGCAUUGAAUAUCUCUGCUGCAUCCGGUGGAACGACAGCUCCAAAUAGCAUGGGAAAACGCUAUGCUGAUACGAAGCCAUCAGUAAACUCUGUGACUAAUGCCUGGACAACCGUUGCAAGUAAAACGUCUGCUCGUGUCACUACUACUACUCCAACGAAUAUUAGUUUGAACUCAAAAACGAAUAUAGCUACUAAAGAUGCUUCGCUUUUAGACUCAGAACACAAGUCGGUUAACGGUGUUCAGUCUGGAUUAAGAGCUGUAAACCAAUCUGCUAAGCCUACUGAGACCUUGAAAAGUGGUACCAGAACGACUGUUAAUAUGGGCAUAUCCAAGAGUGGCACCAACAAUAACAAUAACAGUGGCGGUAAUAUCUCAUCUUACUCCGAAGGUUCUACGCCACGACCACCUUCCGAAGAAUUUUUAAAAUGGUGCAGAAAUGCCUUACGUGGAUUGAAUAACGUAAAUGUCGAUGAAUUCAUUCAUGUGUUGUUAACGUUUCCACUUGACCCACCCCCGGAAACUGUCGAGAUUAUUCAAGAGUCUAUUUAUGCUAACUCACCAACUUUAGAUGGGCGUCGAUUUGCUGAUGAAUUUAUUAAAAGAAGGAAGGCUGAUGCUAAUGGAUUACCGAUGAACAGUUUAUUAAACCAUCAUUCGGAUAGUAAACCAAACAAAGAUCUUGCAAAUGGAAGUAAUGGUGCAAAGGAUGAUUUUACAGGGAAUGGAGCGGGUGCUUUUAAAGUAGUAACGACUAAAAAGAGUAAAAAAAAUAAGCAUUAA